ACAUGAAUCAAAUAAAAUGAAGUAAUCAAAUGUUCAAAAACAUCAAGCUAUGGCUGAUGAUGCGGAAAGUGAUGAUCAGUGGUUAUAUGGAGAUACUUCCGAUUUACCACUGAUCGAGAGUGAAGAGAAACCUGAUGAAAAAGAUGAAACCAAUGAAGAAACUGAAAAAGAAGAAGCAGAAACAUCGACGGAAAAAGAGAUAGUUGACGAUGUCAAGGAGCCAGAACCUGAACCCGAAGUUGCUGAACCAGCUCCUCCUGGAAUUGAAGACCCUGAAGAAGAAAUGGAACAAGAAGAAACAGAUAAGCAAAAUGGGGAUCAGUCUGAUAGGGAGGACUCAGAUGAUGACAGUGAUGAUGAUGUUAAUGUUGUCAUUGGAGACAUUAAAACAACUACUGCAUAUUCCACUUCACUUAACAUUAAACGCAGCGGUUUACUGACAAGCUCAACAACAGAUAAAACUAAAAUAGCUCAACAACAAUCAGGAAAAUUUACAGUAGAAGAAUUUGAUCAAGUUGGCAUGAUUAAUGGAGUACCUGCAAAUGAAUUCAAUUUAGAUUCACUUGAAGAUAAACCAUGGAGAAAGCCUGGAGCAGAUAUAACAGAUUAUUUUAAUUAUGGAUUUAAUGAAGACACAUGGAAGGCUUACUGUGAAAGACAAAAGAGGAUACGCGUUAAUGAAUCAGGUGUAGGCUUAGUUCCAUUAAAUGCAAUUGGAUUGCCUAGGGGUCCUGUACCCAUUUUGAAUGAUAACAGUAAGUAUGCCGGAAAUUUCGCUGGGAUUCGGAAAGCCGGUCCCCCUCCAGGACGUCGCAUGACUGGUGCUAUUGAUGUUAUAGGAGGAGCUGCCCAACCUGGAGCUAAAAUGGAUGCUCCUAAAGAAAAUGUAAUCCAAGUAAUGACUGCCGAUAGGAGGGAAUACAGCAGAAAACCACCAGGAUUCCCUGACAUGAGUAUUCCACCGCCAUCAACCUUUGAUGAGUUUCAACCAGAAUUUGGAUUUAACCCUGAACCUGAACCAUUCUAUGGAGGUUAUGAGCCCACUCAGGAUGUGCAAUGGGGUACAAAUAACCAGAGUUGGACUCCAAGUGAAAUAAAGCCACUCACUGGUCAUCCUUCAAUUGUACCGGCACCAGUGCCACCUGUUAACUUAGCUCCACCAAUGGUGCCUCCCGUGGCCAAGGAUGGUUCACCGUCCAGACAUGACUCAAGAGAAGAACGUGAAAGCAGUCGAAGUAGAUCAGAGAAACCGAGAGACAGAGAAAGAUCUCAUAGACGUGAUAGGUCUAGAAGCAGAUCUAGGAGGCACAAGUCUAGAUCCAGAAGUCCAAGUCAUAGACACCGAAAGAAGAAGUCUAGGAGACACGACGAUAGCGAUUAAAAACAAUUUAAUGAAUAACAUAUUAAU